CCCAUUUUUGCGACCAACAGGUAUUUAAGUUGUUGUCGCCUGUGUAAUUUAAGAAUAAACAAUUAGAUGGCCGAUUUAGUGCGUGGCGAAGCUUCUGAAUCAGACGAGGAAGUGGAUAAGCACAAGAUAUACGCAGCGCAAGUGUCUGGCGAGGCAACCGAGGAAGAAGACGAAGACAUCUAUGAGCAGCCAAGCACACCUAAUGCAACUGCGUCAAUAUACCGCAAUAAUUUGCUGCAGCGUAAAUUGAUUGAGAACAAUAUAGAAAUUUGUAAAGCGCUGACUUUGCUUACACGCAACUUUGUUGUAACUGCUUCUAAGCAGCUACUGACUACCGACCAAAUGCUCAUCAAGUCGCAGCUGUCCCUGCAAUCUACACACACAGCGUUGCAGCAGGCACAACGAAACACCGCACAGUUGCAGAACCGAGUUGCAUCGGCGUUAACGAGCAGCUUUUUGCCCAUCAUUCACAUAAAGGAGAGAAGCAAUUGAGGCGGGAAUGAAAGUACAUACGUUUAUAUAAUCCUUAUAAAUAAACGAACAAAAUAGGCUAA